AUGGAACACUCUGUGUUUAAGGAAAGAAGGUACUUCAGCAGUGAUUUAGGUCCUCCCCGUCCACAGUUCAUCUUGCUUGCAGAAUCCAUGAUAUGUUCGGUAGAUGUUGAACUGAAUUGUCCAUCUGUAGAAGUGCAUAAGCUACCCGAAUAUAUUCCUGGUUAUGGAAAUUUAAUAGGCACGACACUCUCGACCAUUGCAAUGGGUUAUUGA